UAUGCUAUUAUCAAAUAAAUCAAAUGUUUACUUAUUUUAGUUCUACAAAAUAACAAUACUAUUUUUCUGCGGAAGGAUAUGUAUGUGGCAUCUUUGCUAGUAAUAGACGUAAUUUCCCAUUAUGCAUUUCCAUUAAUCCGCAAUUUACAAACAUUUGUUUGUACAAUCGAAGUUUCUCUGUUGAUCUUACAAAUUGACUGGCGCUUCGCUUCGGCAUUCCAAUACUUUCCUUUCAAUGCUAAUUGUAAAUUAUUCUACGUUUUCCUGUCUGUCCUGGACAGCGAGAAAUGUCUCCCAAGAAAGGGCACAUUUGCCAUUAUGUUACGCAAAUUACGCUUGCUUUAUUUGCAUAAUGUAUCGUUUCUGCAACUGGGUAUUGAUAAACCUACUUUGCACAUUAUCACAAGUUACUAAAUUAAUUCAUUUUAUGAUAUUGUUCAUUCAUUGAUAAUGAUUGCUUUGUUGAUGCAUAGCAUUUUUCCUAACACUUUUUUGGCACAUUGGCGACGCGGUAUGUGCAGUCUGGCGCAUACCGCCAGGGGGGGUUUAACUCCUAGAAUGUUGCUAGGAGACCAAACACAAACUCAUUUUGUAGAGAUCCCGCUAUCAUAUCUCUAGAAUUCACACAGGUAAGACAUCGCAUCAUGUUAGUUGUCGCAAAUACAAUUACGGGUUGUUUGUAAAACUGCAUGGACAUGGCAGGCUCUGGACAAGACCAUAUGACAGUAGCUAGGCAUUGGUCAUGAGUUUUCUUUACUAUGCGUUUGCUUGGUUUUUGGACAAUGACAACCAACUUGAUGUUAAUUAAAUGUUUAGGCUGUUUUGUGUGGGUUCCUCUUUUUUUUUAAGUAUGUCUGUCUUAUCUCUUAAGUCUUGGCUUCCCAUUUUGAAUGAAGAGAGCGAAGUGGGCCGAGUGACACCAAAACAGCACCCCAGGAGGAGCUUGAGAGAGGAACCAUGCCAAAGAAGGGUGCAAAAAAGGGGGGAGCAGGGAAGCAGGCAGGGAUGACAGAGGAAGAGAGACUCUUGUACAUGCAGCAGAGGGCCCAGGCAGAGGACGAGAUGUCCAAAAGGAAGGAAGACAUGCUAACUCAAUUUCUCAAGGAUAAGCUGCAGAAGGAGGAGCGCAACAGUGCAGUGAACCUGCACAAGUUGACGCAGCAGUGGCGAGCAGUUCUCCGCCAGACACGGGCAGCUGAACUGCGCAGUGACAUUGCUGUGCUCAGCCAGACCUUUGAGAGGGUGCUGGACCGGAAGGACAGUGUCAUCAAGUGUUUGGUGUGUGACCUGAGUGAGGCAGAGCAGCAGUCAGCCCAGGCCCUGCGCUCUCACCUGGAGUGUGUGGACUGCCUGCUGGCCCUGCAGAAGGGUAGGCUGGCAUCCCUGGAGCAGCAGUGGAACAGCGGCCUGGAGGGACUGAGCUACGAAUUCAAUUCUGAGAGGGAGCAGAUCCUGUCCCAGCACCAGCAGGAGUGUGCUUACCUGGAGGAUGUGACCUUUGCCAUGGAGCAGUUCUACAUGGAGGUAGAUGGGGAGGCUCGCCAGGACUACCAGAGCACCAGAGACGACAUCAAGAACAGGAACAUAGAGGAGAAACAUGCGUUGCGGAUCCAGUUAGAGGGGACGGUGGAGGGCCUGUGGCGUCAGUUCCAACAGGCCCUACGCAGCUACAAUGAGGCUACAGAGGACCGUCACAUCGCCUUUGAGUCGUUGAGGACCCGCGACCAGCGCAGUGCCCAGGAGAUCGACACGCAGAUGAGGAGGCUGCAGAAGAUGCAGGACUCCAUAUCUGCUCUGCGCUCUAGGCUGAACUCCAGCCAGAAGGAGAGUGAGGGGGCAGCACGGGGCCUGAGGGCGGCCAGGGAGGAGGUGACCCUGCAGGCUCGCCAGCUCAAGGCCCAGCUGAGCCGUGCCCGCGCAGCCGAGAGGAACCAGCUCACCAACCUCACCGUGCACAGCAACGCCGCUGCCAAGAACCUACAGGGCAUCAUCACUAAGGGGGAGAGGCUGCUGCGUCUGGCUGAGAUGUGUCGUAAACUGGAGACAGAACAUGAGAAAGUCCUGCCCUUCUACACCUCAUCUCUCACUGCUGAGGAAGAGAGCCAGGAGAGAGCUAAUGCUAUGGAGACUCCAUCUGAGGAGCUGGCACAGGCCAUGCUGGACUACCUGGUUCUGGAGCGGUUCUGGCAGCGUUAUAACAAGGUUCUGCUGGAGCGGCUGUGUUUGGAACGGGAGAGAGGAGCUCUGACCCAGGAGAACCAGCAACUGCGGAUUUUACUGCGCCAGUACCUGGAUGGCAUCUCCGUUAGUGACGAGAUCCUCCGCCAUCGCAACCCCCUGCUGAUGGUGUCACGGCCCACCCUCGGCGUUCAACCCACUGCUGAUGCCCAACGCAAGCGCCACACUGUCAUUGAGGCAGCACAUGUUGUGCAGCGCAUGCUGUAAACUCAAUAACAGGCUCACAUCACACCAUCACUCCUAGAUUAACUUUAAACUGCCAGAAUGCACUCCUUCUGACAGAACUCAAUUCCUUAUUCUAUUUGUGUGUUACUUCUUUCUACCAGGUGUCUUACAAUAUCCAUCAAAUAAAAGAGGACUAUUCCAUCCGAUAAUAACAACA